AUGGUGCUGGCUCGCAGAGCAGAGCAUGAGGCGAUUCAUGACGUGUCCCUAUCCCUCUAUUCCACUCUUUCCCCCAACCAUCUGCCUCUACAAGAGGGUGUAGCCUCACAAGGCGCCACAAUGACUAUGGGGAAUCCACCUCCAGGAGUGAUAUCACCGUUAGAGCGUGCGAUGUCUAUAGAUGAACAUCUACAGUCAAUGCCGAUGCCGACGGACUGGAACGAUCAGUAUCGGUCGCAGGAGGUGGGUGCUUAUAUUUCUUUGAUAGGGAACUGUCAGGUAUGGCUUCUGUCAGCAAGAUCGGUUCUAAAAGCUGUCAUGAGAUUAUUAAUCACAAGAUCGACAUGUUAUGAAAACUAAGA